AUGUUUUCCCCCCGCGCUCCGAAUAUGCGGCCGCUCUUCAAAAAUGAAGAUCACAAGGAUUGGUAUCUCAGCUCAAUGUCCAACGAGAAUAAUGUUAAAGUCAUGUUCAUGGCCUCUGCUUCUGCGUGGAACGAGGGUCUCAAUGUGUAUAUGCCUGCCUCGUUGAGCGACACGGCUUCGCCUCAGUCGAAUGUACUUUGCACCGACCAAUCCAGCCUAGCAUAUUUCGAUGUAAACGAGAAUAGGGAAUUGGUCACCCAUACGUACACCGGAAGAGUUAUGCAACGUUGUCUCGGCCAAGGAUUCAUUCCAAUUAUCAUCAUCCUAGGGUCUCCAUUUGACAACCACUACAGGGACGAGAACAAGAGGCAUUAG